AACGCGAAAUGAAUAUAGCUCCAGACAUGAGGCCAGCUGCUAAAUUUAUGUCUUGGGGCCGAGAAACAUCUUUGGCAUUAAGCAGCCCAGGCGCUUGCUGGGAGCCUCUUUCCUGCCACAGCUUCGGCUGAAGACGCCGUCGGAUCAUGUCCCACCGCAAGUUUUCAGCUCCCAGGCACGGCCACCUGGGCUUCCUUCCUCACAAAAGGAGCCGCCGGCACCGAGGAAAAGUCAAGACUUGGCCCAAAGACGAUCCCAGCAAACCGGUCCAUUUGACGGCCUUUCCGGGCUACAAAGCUGGCAUGACCCACAUCUUGCGGGAAAUUCACCGUCCAGGACUAAAGGUGUCUAAGAGGGAAGAGGUGGAAGCUGUUACCAUCAUAGAGACCCCACUUUUGGUGGUUGUGGGAGUGGUGGGCUACAUCGAGACCCCCAGAGGGAUGAGGAAUUUCAAGACCAUCUUUGCCGAACACCUCAGCGACGAAUGCCGGAGACGCUUCUACAAGAACUGGCACAAGAGCAAGAAGAAGGCGUUCACCAAGUACUGCAAAAAGUGGCAGGACGAGACGGGGAAGAAGCAGCUGGAGAAAGAUUUUUCAGCCAUGAAGAAGUACUGCAAGAUCAUCCGCAUCAUUGUGCACACCCAGAUGAAGCUCCUGCCUUUGCGUCAGAAGAAAGCCCAUGUCAUGGAGAUUCAGCUGAAUGGGGGAACGGUGGCGGAGAAGGUGGACUGGGCCCAUGAGAACCUGGAGAAGCAGAUCUCGGUGCAUACGGUCUUCAGCCAGAAUGAGAUGAUCGACGUUAUCGGAGUGACGAAGGGGCAUGGGAUGAAAGGUGUGACCAGUCGAUGGCACGCGAAGAAGCUCCCACGGAAAACCCACAAAGGGCUGCGCAAAGUGGCUUGCAUUGGGGCUUGGCAUCCUGCCCGCGUGGGCUACUCUAUUGCGCGGGCUGGACAGAAGGGCUACCACCACCGCACCGAACUCAACAAGAAAAUUUACCGCAUCGGCCGUGGGGUCCAUGUAGAAGAUGGCAAGAUGGUGAUGAACAAUGCAUCCACCAAUUACGACACGAGCGAGAAAACAAUAACUCCCAUGGGUGGAUUCCCACACUAUGGAGAAGUCAAUAAUGAUUUUGUCAUGUUGAAGGGGUGCGUGAUCGGCACCAAGAAGCGAAUGCUCACCCUCAGAAAGUCUCUUUUGGUGCACACAAGUCGGAGAGCUCUGGAGGCCGUUGAGCUGAAAUUCAUUGACACAACGUCCAAAUUUGGCUACGGCCGUUUCCAGACGGCCCAAGAGAAGCGAGCUUUCAUGGGCCCACAAAAGAAACACCUGUUGAAGGGGAAGACGGAAACCCAGGAGGAACCGUGAAGGCUUUUCUCCCAAGCAUCCUCUUUGAAGCCCUUCCCCGUUCCCCAAAUGGUUCCUGCUUUGAUCUGCUUGCCAACAUGAAUAUAUCGAGUCAAA